UGUGUGGUGUAGCUCCCUCGUAGCCUUCGGCCAGCCUUGCGUGCUGGAGUAGACAUGGCUUCUCCUUCAUGCACCUCUAAUACUCUAUCCAGUGAAGCGACUUAUCAUGUUUGUUGUCUCUUAUCUAAAGGUACAACCUUAAAUCUUCUACGAUCUCCGAUAACUUACAACCUGAUGAACUUUCUGGAGUGGAUUUUACCGGAAAAACGCAGUUUCGUUGCACUUUUGCCCACAACUAAAGAGAACGAAUUGAAAACUUUAUAGCUCCCGUCUAGGAGUUGGCGUUACGAAAUCGUGAUCUUACACUCUUCUCAGUUGUCUGUUAUUGCCUCAUGGUAAUGGUUGGGACCCGUCGCUCAGCGCUGGUGCGUGGCAGUGUUUUCCUCAACAUCGUCUUUGCGUUGUACGUGUUGCUACAUCUUUCGCCUCCCCGUGGCAACAGCGUCUCUCCUCCCCACGGACCACAUGACAACUUGACUCAGCAAGGGGAAGCUGGGGAAUACUCUCCUGAUUCAGACUUGGAUGGACCCCUGCAAUGGGCGUCUGUACAAGAGCGAGCACAUCCUGACCUUCAUCUCUGCAGUACACCGCAACUCUUGCCCCGAGCUUCGUUUCAUGGAAACCAUUGGGUUCUCUUCAACCACUUAACUGCCAUUGAACAACCUGCGUGUAACGCUUCCGUCACGUAUACCACACACGCAGAUUACACGUACCUGCACAACCUGUCCCCCCUGGUGGAAAGAUGGCGGGGACCGAUCAGUGUUGCGGUGUUCGCUCCAGGGGAGGAUUUUAACGCCACGCUCAAUACGAUUGCGUUCCUAAGAGCAUGCAGACCUCUUGUUGCUCAGUUCACUACAUUCCAUAUUUUUUUCCCCGUAGACCAUCUUCCGUCUUCUAUCCCUAAAAUAGAAGACGUUUUGGUUCCUUCUUGCUCACUUCCCCCGCCGUCCACGAAUGGUCCAACAUAUAAAAGUAGCCACAACCUCACGUAUCCAGUCAACGUCGCUCGUAACGUCGCACGCAUAGCCGCUGCGACGUACUUCGUGCUAGCUAGUGACGUCGAACUCUACCCUUCGUUGAACUUCAUCUCUCGUUUCCUGGCUUUGAUGUCAACUCGAGACGCAUCUCGCGAGACCAAACCUCACCGACGAGUCUACGUCUUGCCAAUCUUUGAGGUGAAGUCUGGCAUACGUCCACCGGCCACAAAGACCAGCUUGGUGCGACUGCUAAGACGGGGAGCUGCAAUCCCCUUCCAUAAAUUUGUGUGUCCUCAAUGCCAUUUAGUGCCUGGUCUUAGGGCUUGGGCCGAGUCUGGUUUAGGGGAAACUUUAACCGUCACGACAGUGGCUAAAAGACAUGCGCCCUACACUCGCUGGGAGCCUAUUUACGUCGGAACUAAUCUCGAGCCGCUCUACGAGGAGAGGUUGUCUUGGGAAGGACGAUCCGAUAAAAUGACUCAGAUGUACAUUAUGUGCGUACUGGACUACGAGUUCCACGUGCUGGACAACGCGUUCCUGGUGCACCGGCCCGGCAUCAAAAGGCUGCGCAAAGACCGGCGCCGCGACGAACAAACCGCCGCGCAGAACGCGCUUCUGUCCAACACAAUCACUCCUGAACUGCAGCUUAUAUACGGCACCCGACCUCACUGCGUCCUAUAG